CAUUCUCCUUUUAUUGCGAUUUCGCCCAUUCUCGUCAAUACAGUUGUUCAGACUGAGGUUACAGUGGAGCAUGUCGGACCUGUAUCCGAUUUGGAGUACAUGAAAGUGGCCCAAUUUGUAAUAAUUGUGCACCGCUUGGUCCUUGUCAACAUUUAGAGAACAUGGCAUCGCUGGCAGAGAGAGGGGUACCUUUGAGUGCGCUCUGCCCCAAGUAUCUUCACAGCAACUCCACCAGCCACACCCGGCCCUUCAGUGCCAUGGCAGAGCUCAUAGACAACGCGUACGACCCUGAUGUAAAUGCCAAGCAGUUUUGGAUUGAUAAAAUGCAGAUCAACAACGAGGACUGCCUUAUCUUCAUGGAUAAUGGCAAUGGGCUUGACUACGAUAAGAUGCACAAGAUGCUCAGUUUCGGAUACAGUGACAAGACUGCCGGCCAUGGGCGAGAACCAAUCGGUAUCUAUGGUAAUGGAUUCAAGUCCGGUUCCAUGCGCCUGGGUCGAGAUGCCCUGGUUUUGUCCAAGUCCCGGGAUGCCGUGUGCGUGGGCCUGCUCUCCCAGAGCUACCUGGAGGCCAUCAAAGCAACACAGAUCCAAGUGCCGAUCGUCAGCUUUCAAUGCAGCUCACACGGCAGUGAUGGGUCUUUAGAGUGGGACCAACUGCGUCCCUGUGAGGACCACAGGGCCAGUCUGAAGGACAUCCUUACCUACUCUCUGUUUAAGACUAAGGACCAGCUGCUCACAGAGCUCAGAGCUAUCGUCUCGACCUGCUCCACUGAAGAUACAGGGACACGCAUCGUCCUUUGGAACUUACGCAGAACAUCAUCAGGAGAGACAGAGUAUGACCUCACAGACCGCUACGACAUCAAAAUCCCAUAUGACGUAUACAGCUCCUUCACUGAGGAGGGCAAACGCCCAGUGCUUCAUGCAAACUCAGUCCCUGAUACUGAUUUAUCACUACGGGCCUACUGUGCUAUCCUGUACCUGAAGCCUCGCAUGCAGGUCAUCAUACAAGGCCAACACGUUAAGAAUCAGCUGAUCUCUAAGAGUCUGGCUUACGUCUGCAAGGACCAAUACAAACCCACCUUCUUGCCAGGGAAACGCAUCCCCAUCACCUUUGGGUACAACACCAAGAGCAAAGAUCAAUAUGGUAUAAUGAUGUACCACAAAAACCGUCUUAUCAAGGCGUACGAAAGAGUUGGCUGCCAAAACCAAGCCAAUAACAAAGGUGUGGGGGUCAUCGGUGUCAUUGAGUGUAACUUCCUGAAGCCCACCCACAACAAGCAGGACUUUGACAACGAAGACAGUUAUAGGAAGACCAUGAAGAUUCUUGGCACCAAGCUGGAGGACUACUGGAAAGAAAUCAACCACAAGAGACUCACAAAGGAUCCCAAUAACAAAGUACCAGUGGAGGACAUUGAGAAACGUCCAGACCAGAACUGGGUGCAGUGUAACAAGUGUCUAAAAUGGCGGAAGCUUCCGGAUGGCAUUGAUUCCGACCGGCUUCCUGACGUGUGGUACUGCAUCAUGAACCCAGACCCACAGUACAGAAAUUGUGCAGUAGAUCAGGAAUGCGAAGACUCGGACGAUGAGCAGCCUUACCAGAAGACCUACAAGCUACAGGAGAAAAAACUGUUGGAAGAGAAGGAAAGAAAAAAGAAAGAGGAGGAGCUGGCAAAAGCAGAAGGGAAAAGGGCUCGUCAAGAGGCAGCUCGGAAGGCAAAACUAAAAGAGUUGGCUGUAAGGAAUCAGAGGCGGUCUCCAGCUGGUACAGACCCUCCACCCCUGGGCACUGAAAAGUCCAGAGCCUCUCCUCUCUACUCCCCUCAACACUCUUCACUCUCACAAGGCGGCACCAACAGUCCCUCCAGUGGCAGCUUGCCCACCCGCCGUCAUGUCUCUUCUACCCCCUUACGGGUAAAGAGGAGACAGCCAAAAUCCUUGGCUAAUGAAAUGAAAAGAGCCAGACUAGAAGAAAGCCAUGACAACACUUCACUGCCAGCCACACCAACUAUGGGAGGUAACGCCUCAAGCUCGAACCUCUUCGCUGACAGUGAUGAUGACAGUGAUGACACCAUUCUGGAGACCAAUAUCUCUCGUGACCAAGUUGCCGGUAACGCUGCCAUGGACUCGCUCCCUGAUAUUGCCACCAUGGGAUCAAAUUCCAGUGUUCCUACAGGAACCAACCCUUCCCCUCCACCUGUCCAAAUGCACCAGGUACUACACACAAGCGUCAAAGUUCAGACAGAGACUCCAACCAUAGUGAAGCAGGAGCAGGGACAGUGUGGGAGUAAGAUAAAGGAAGAGGCUGAGAGAGAUUUUGAGGAGGAGCAAAGGAAGCAUGGGACGUUCCAGCAGGAAGAGGCAGAUGCCAGAGCAAAAAACAACAAUGCAACUCACAUCAAAGAGGAUGGAGACCUGGGUGAUGAAGGGACAAGACCCUCGUGUUCAGGUCCAUCCAGACCAGACCCACAGUUUGACACAAGCGAGGCACAGAACCAGCAGGACCAGCUAAUGGAGCUCAUGCAGGCCGUAGCCCAGGAGAGAGACUCCUACAGGGAGCAGGUCCACCAGAUGACCUCCCAGUUACAGGAGACGGAGAGCAGACUGCAGCAACUCCAGGACCAGAAGACAGAGCACGCUCACCAACCCAGCCAUACAGACAGACAUGGAGGGGAAGGUGAAGGGGAGGCAGGGAGAGACGCGCAGUACUAUAAGAAUCUGUAUGAACAGGCCAAGCAGGAGGCAGAACAAUUGAGGCUGGAGAAGGAAGCAAAGUUAGCUGUCAGUCACAGUACUGAAGAGCAGUGUACAGUGAGUGACGAGAUGGCCCUGCAGGUGGACGAACUGCUACAGACCCUGGACCAGAGAAACAAUGAGAGGGACAUGUUUCAAAACAAGGUGCAGUGUCUGGAGGUGCAGAACAUUGACCUGAUUUCCCAGUGUGAACAUCUGCAAAAGGACCUGGAAGAAAUGAAAGAGGAGUUAGAGAGGGCUAAGGCUGCCCUAGCAGAAAGACAGGCUACUGGGCCUGGGGGUAGCCAGACUGGAGCGGCACACCCAAGGGGAGAAACAGAGGGAGAGUCUGGGACAGCUGGAAGGUUGAGGGAUCUGCGAAGGAAUGUGGGUCGCCUCCUGGUCUCCUUUAUGCCUGAACUGGAUCUGGACCAGACCAAUUAUGAAUGUGAUGCCAUAGAUGAUAUCCUGGAACAAGUCCUUCCUACUGUGGAGGACACAGUAACACAGGAAGUAGAGAAAGGGGAUGUUGAUUUGGAUUAGAAGCAUUUGUCAAAAUGGAAAAAGAUCAGACGUUCUGUUACAGAGAUCUUCUGUUUUACGAUUGUGCAAUAGUGGUCAACCGAUCAGUCUGUUGGUUGAUUAAUUAGGGCGGUUAAAUGCUUUUUUGAUGUACCUGGCAUCGGCCGAUGCCUGCACUCUCAAAGCCGAUUUUGGCACCUUGUGACAAUUUAAUAAUUUUAUGGGGAGACGUCAGUGGGUGCUGUUACCCUUAACGUUACCUGAGAGAAAAGACAAGACUAGCUUUCAAUGCUCAAUAUAUUUUAACUGGCCACUCUUAAAAACAUUGCUUUAUUGUCUGUAUAAUUUAUUCCUGUAUUUUUGUGAGAAAAUGUGAGUUGGGAAUCGUUGGACUCAAUCCGCUAUCCUUCUUUUGUAUGUAAUAAUGAUAAUAAGACUUUAUUUAUAUAGCUUUAUAUUGGAAUGUCUUUAAAGUAUGGAAGAUUUAUAUUACAUUGGUGAUGGUGUGUAUGGUGCCACUUUUAUGAUUGGUAAGUCUAUUUAUCUUUUAAAUUCAACUUUAAACACAGGAAUGUAAAGUGCUGUAAAGUUAGUAAUGGAGACAAAUAGUAAAGGAAUGCUAUUCAGA